GUCCGCAGUCAAAUCACUCCGGGUGCGUCAAAACAGGAAACGUGUUCUUCAACAGCAUUUUCUUGCUUCACAUCAACUUGUGAACAAGCCUGUCACAAUUAAAAGACAUGGCUGCGUCGAAUUAUUCAUUGAAGGUCAACAGAGAGCUGUUGGACCCAAACUUUGAAAGUUACAGGUUAUCUCUGGACGCCAUACCAACGUACAACGUUGAGCUGGAUGCUGCUGUGGAGGAAGUGAAGUUGAAGGAUACCCAGUACACCCUGGAACAUAUGCGUGCUUUUGGCAUGUACAAUUACCUCCACUUAGACCCUUGGUACGAAGACAGCGUUUUGUUUGUGGACUGCGAAGGAAGGGUCCUCAGUCUCACCGUCACUCUGGACACGGCCCUGGGGAAGCCGAGAGAGGUCUACCGUUUAACCACUGACUCCAGCCGGUGUGAGGAUCGUAUUUGUGCGUCUCUCAGCCUCACCUCAGCGACCUGGGCGGCUCUCUGUGAUGGCGCCGGCCAACUGUACCUUCUCCGCACCGGCAAGAGGGGAGAUGGCUCCCAUAUGAAGUGGGAACCACUGUUCAGUGAAGACACGGGGGAGCCUUCCACCGUCCUCCACAGCAUCUCUCACGUCAAGGAUGGAGUCCACACCAUAGAGGUCCUGCUGCUCCGCAUCCAGAAAGACCCACAGGAAACCAAAGGAAGUGGAUACUCUGUGUCUCUUGAGUGGAUCACCGUCGCCAACACUGCAGGACACGGUGAGGAUAAGAAGUAUGAGGUGAAGAAGAGGAGGGUCCUCAAAGGGAAGUCUGUGCCUCACUACGCAGCCGUGGAGCCGAAGGGGAAGGGCCUGAUGGUGGCCUCGGAGAAACCGUUCGCCUUCACACAUGUGGACGGUCGUCCCGUGGAGCUGCCUGAUCCAGAGCCCAUGGAGGUGGAGAAGACAGAUCCCAUUUACUUCUGGCAGCAGACAGCGGAGGACAUCACGGUGUGUGUGCGCAUGCCCGAGGGUGUCACCAAAGAGGAGGUGCAGUUCACACUGACGGCAGACAACAUCAGCCUGGGAGUUCAGAGCUUCCCUCCUUUAAUGGAGGGCCAGCUGUACGCGUCUGUAGACCCCGAGGCCAGCACCUGGAUCAUCAGAGAUGACAAAAGCCUGGAGGUGACCCUGCAGAAGCGCAGUGAGGGGCCGAUGUGGUCGGAGCUGGUGAUGGGGGACAAGAGAGGGGAGUACGUGAUGAGCGACGAGCAAGCUGCCCUCAUACACGAGAGACUGACCUUCCUCACCUCUGAAGACUUGAAUGGAAACCCUGAGAAGGACAAAUCCCCUUGUAACUCUCAGGAGCUGGAGGACUGUGAUGGGUUUCCAGAAGACAGCUCCAGUCUCACACACUUUGAUGGAGAAUCCCUCAAGCCCACUCAGGUGGUGAAUCUCGGCAGCCAUCAGUACCUGUUCACCGUUGACGUGAACCCCUCAGACAUGCCGUGCUUCUGCCUCCGACAUGAUGUGGACGCUCUGCUGUGGCAGCCUCGUCCAGACCAACCCAGUAACAUGUGGGAGCACGUCGCCACGUUCAACGCCUUAGGCUACGUUCAGGCAUCCAAACGGGAUAAAAAGUUUGCGACCUGCGCUCCAAACUUCUCCUACGCUUCACUGUGCGAGUGUCUCCGCCGUGCGUUCAUCUACCGACAGCCGACGGCGAUGGAAACUGUCCUCUUCAACAGGAAACAGGGCCGACAGGUAGGACAGGUUGCCAAGCAACAGGUGGCCAGCCUGGACUCCGAUAAGCCAAUCCUUGGCUUCAGAGCAACCAAUGAGAGACUAUACCUCCUGACCUCUAGUAACCUCUUUGUACUAAAGGUCAAUAAUGAUUAGAUUUAGGACGGUUUGUUUUAGAUGUCCCUCUCAUUACCCCCUCAGAGCCAUCAUUCCAACAGUUCUCUGCUACAACAGUGUGUAGAAGUGUGUACCGUCUGGACUGAAUGUUUGUUUAUUCACGCAAACUCCCACAAUUCUUCUGUGCUGCAAAAUGUCUGUAAGAUCAAAGCGUAAGGAACCAUGACACAUUAAACUGAAUAUUUACUAGAGAUGCUUCCAGGAUAGUCAUUAAGAAAAUGUCUGUAAAUGAUUAAAUAAUCCCAUCAUUCCUUUGCUUUAAUUCGCAUAUUGUCAAUUGAAUUACAUUUGAUGAUACUGGAUGUUUCAUAAAUAUACAUUUCAUAAAAGUGUUGCCCUUUUAAUGCUCACUGCAUUAUUACAUACGUUUGUAAUACCGUGAAUUCCAAUUCCUGAAUACAAUUGUAUACAUUUGUCUUAAUGGUGAUUUGCUGAAGGCCGGCUGUGAUGGUGUUUGUAGUUUUUGUCAGAUGGUCAGUGGGGAGGAGAACGCUGAGGAACUCCUUCUCCUUGGCUCAUUUUACAAUCAUUACUGUGGAAGUAUUAAAGAAGCGAACAUUGAUUUCCAUAAAUUUCCAUGAACAUG